GGUACUGUCGAGCGCGGCCACAUCUACUUCUUUUACCGCCCCAAAGUGCAGCAUGAGGAGGCACACGACAUAGACGACGUAAAAAAUUUCCACAUGCUCCUCGUCCCGCGUCCACCCGAGUUCAGCGCGCACACAGACAACGAGAAUCUCCCACACGGCGACACCGAUGAACAGGAACUGAACCUCGUCCAGGCGGGCGGCGACGCGGUGCCAGCGCCCGAACUAAAGGACCGAACAAAGAAGCGGUUCCGCUUGAUCACGGUCGGGAAAAAACGCCUCCCAGAUCCCGAAAUCGCGGGGAAAAAAGAGGUAUUUUGGGGCUCGGUGGUCACGUUUGGGGACGACCUCAAAGCGCUGGAGGAAGGCCUCGGCGAGAACACUUACGAAACCAAGACACGCGGCACGAGGCACGAGGAGCCGGCGCGCAUUGCCGGGAGAGGCGUUUAUGCGAUAGUUAACAGCGAGGGGAGCACGCCGUCCAAGAACGCGACGCAUCUGGGGUACCAUCUCUCUCACCCCGCAGAUGUGGGAGAGGUUCAAACGGCGCUUGGUAUACACAAAGCCAGCUCGUUUGUCUUGCAGGUGAAGAAUCCACUUGCACCGCCAACUGGUCCACAGCAGAUCGGCUUGUCAAAAGAAAGACGGGCGGAGUAUCCGGAGGGGAUCAUGAAUGAGGUCUUUGGGCGUGGCACGAAAGGCACCCAGUCAUACGGUCUCAGGUUUACUACAGCCCAUGUAUCGGAGCUUCUGAAUCACGAGGGUGCCGAACUGUUGCUCAUCGCGAGCCACUCCGGAGACCAGGGCAACGAUCAAGCUCUCGGAGAAGAACGAGGCGAAGCGAUGAGAGAGGCUGGUCAGAAGGAAGGCGAAGAGAGCACUACAGACAUCUUCAGAGAGCUCGCUUUUGACAAGCAAACGUUCCCGGCGGAACCGCUGGAGGGCAAGUGGAUUUGA